AUGCCCACAGACGGCGCCGUCAGGCUUCCGACGACUGCGCCCGCAAACUCGUCUCGUCAAUCACCAUCCGUUCCAAUCGAUCUCACCAACACCAUUUCCUCCUCGUCUGCACUCGACCAUGGCUUGCGGCCGGCGACUGGCCAACUGACGGACUCAAUCGAUGCGCUGGGCCGCUCCCACGCGGCACGACAAGCAACCAUGGUCGCAGGUGGCGACGAAGGCCUCGAGGGGCGGCCGCCCUAUUUCCACUCCAUGCUCGCCGGUGGCCUCGGCGGCACGUUCGGCGACAUGCUCAUGCACUCCCUCGACACAGUCAAGACACGACAGCAAGGCGAUCCCCAUGUCCCGCCUAAAUACACAUCCCUCGGAUCCUCCUACUACACCAUCCUGCGCCAGGAGGGCAUCCGCCGCGGCCUCUAUGGCGGCUGGCUGCCCGCUCUCUUCGGGUCGUUCCCGGGCACCGUCAUUUUUUUCGGCACCUACGAGUUUAGCAAGCGGCACAUGAUCGACGCCGGGGUCCAGCCGCACAUUGCCUACUUGACCAGCGGCUUUGUUGGCGAUCUCGCCGCGUCCGUCGUCUACGUGCCCUCCGAGGUGCUCAAGACACGCCUCCAGCUGCAGGGCCGCUACCAGAACCCAUAUUUCCACUCGGGGUACAACUAUCGCGGCACGCUCGAUGCCGCGCGCACAAUCGUCCGCUACGAAGGCACUGCGGCGCUGUUCCACGGCUACAAGGCGACCCUGUACCGCGACCUGCCCUUUUCGGCGCUGCAGUUCAUGUUCUGGGAGCAGGCCCAGAGCUGGGCCCGCCAGUGGAAGCAGAGCCGCGACAUUGGCCUGCCGCUCGACUUUUUCACCGGCGCUGGUGCCGGCGGUCUCGCUGGUGCUAUGACAUGUCCUUUGGACGUGGUCAAGACGCGCCUGCAGACCCAGGUCCGGCCAGACGCGGCCAAUGGGACAAGCGCAGCCGCUCUGUCGGCGUCCUCUUCCUCCUCCUCUUUAUCUUCCGCGUCCCUCAGAUCCAGCAACACACCGCCCGAUGUGCCCAGCAAGCACACGUCCGAGACGGCCAACAGCCAGCCACCGCCACAAAAACGGCUCAUCUCGACGUCGUCGCCGUCCACGCACACUCCGAAGCCCGGCGCCAUCCAUCUCGAGACGUCGUCCGUCAUCAAGGGCCUCAAGUUCAUCUACCAGACCGAGGGCAUUGGCGGAUGGUUCCGCGGCGUCGGUCCGCGCGUGGUGUGGACGAGCAUCCAAAGCGGGUGCAUGCUGCUGCUGUACCAGACCAUCCUGCGCCAACUUGCAGUCAUGAUGCCCUCGGAAGAGCUGGAGGAUGUGACGUAA